AUGUCUAACUUGGGCUCGUGGAAGAAUGUCCUAGUCACUGAUCCGCCGUGCUUCGAGGCGGACGUGAGCCUGAAAUUCGUGGUUGGACAUUACGGCAUUCCCGACGGAACGAUGCAUCUGAACCGGAAGGUGAGAAAUCUCGAUGGCUUGAGAUUCUCAGACCUGAUCAUUGGUGCGUUGAAGAUGCCGGGCCGAGUGUCCUGGUCUGUGAACGGAAGGUCGUACAACCAUGAGUAUAAGCGUCCAGAUAUGGUGCUGAAGAGGAUGGAGGAGCGGCUCGGUGUCAAAGCUAUUCUCGACGUUGGACGCGAGCAGGCGGCUUCGUAUACCAGAGCAUUUUUGAGCGGGAUGGCGAUCCCCGCCGAGGAAGAGUGGUCGACUGUGAAGUUAGCUCCUGGGAAUCAAGCUGGAUAG